AUGGACCGGUACAGGAAGAUCGAGAAGAACGGGGCGAUCGGCGAGGGGACGUACGGCGUCGUGUACAAGGCGCAGGACCUCAAGACGCAGGAGAUCGUCGCCCUCAAGCGCAUCCGGCUCGAGGUCGAGGACGAAGGGAUCCCAUCGACAGCGCUGCGCGAGAUCUCGAUCCUGCGCGAGCUCGAGCACCCAACAUCGCUCUUGAACUGCCUUCAGGAUGCUGGCAAGCUCUACCUCGUCUUUGAGUUUGUCGACCGCGAUCUCAAGCGCUGCAUGGACACGACCUUGGGCAACAUUGAUCCGCACUUGAUCAAGGCGUACAUGUACCAGCUCCUCAAGGGCCUCGCCUUUUGCCACUCGAGAGGCAUUAUGCACCGGGACUUGAAGCCGCAAAACUUGCUCGUGAGCCGAACAGGCGCGCUCAAGAUCGCCGACUUUGGCCUCGCACGCGCCUUCUCGCUGCCUGUGCGCAAGUACACACACGAAGUCAUUACGCUCUGGUACCGCGCGCCCGAGAUCCUCCUCGGCCAAGAGGCGUACUCGCCGCCCAUCGAUAUCUGGUCGUGCGGCGCCAUUUUCGCAGAGCUUCUUCGCAAGAAGCCACUCUUCACAGGCGACUCGGAGAUUGACCAGCUCUACCGUAUCUUCCAAGUGAUGGGGACACCGGACGAGUCGACAUGGACCGGCGUCUCGUCCUUGCGCGACUACGCGCCGACGUUCCCCAAGUGGCGCGCCCAAGACCUCGCGCCCAUGUUUCCCAAGCUCGAUACGGACGGCCUUGACCUCCUCCAGCGCAUGCUCACGUAUACGCCGUCGGAGCGGAUCUCGGCGCGGGACGCGAUGCGCCACCCCUACUUUAAUGACCUCUCGUCCGAGUUCAUGUAG